GAGAGGCACCGAGUAAUGCAGACAAUUUGAACAGAACUAGCAACAGUAUCGGCAAAUAUUUACUCCUCACCUUGGUUAUUAAAUGUACUUGCUAAUGAUUAUUAUUCAUUUGGGUAAUUGCAUAAGUGGUUCAUUCUUCGAAACUGGAUAACUAAAAUGCGUAAAAGUCAUUUGCCAAUCCAUUAUGCCAACAAAUUCGAGAACUACACGCCAACGGCCUUGAUUCCGACUGAGUGUACACAUCGUUGGGCUGUUGUUAAGACGCUAUCGAGAAAUGCAUUGUUACACAGCUCCCCUAGACAUCCUCGUGUGUACACAGAAAAGUGAAAGGAGUACUCAAGAUGUGUCACAGUACACAAACACACUCGUUAUGGAUGGAUGAUUGUGUUUAUCGAGCAAUCAUCGUCAUCACCACCUCCAUAUGAUAUACUCCCCGUGUGCGAGCAGAACAGUCCUGUAUCAUGAAACAGCCAACUGAUGAGAGGCAGUGUCAAGAAGCAGUUCAACUAUUCUCAAGAUACGCGUUCGAACUUAAUAUCGUCCAGUGAGACUUUCGACACGUCCUCCAUUGUUGCCGCCUCGUUUUGUUUGCAGCGUUUACUUCGAUCUCUUAAGGGAUCAGAAUUGGGACUUUACAAUGGCGAAUGACGCAGUACCUUUCGAGUCACUGGGUGUUAUAGGAGUUUGGACACCAAGCACGACUGAGGACAACACCGAAAUAAAACUACCGCGAAUAGGAAGAUCAGCCAGUAAUGACUCCGAAAUGGUUUCAUCUUCUCGAACGCUCCCAGCCAGAGAUCGAUCUGAACUUUCAGCCUCAAGACUGAGCCCACGACCAGGCCGAAAACUUCGGCUGUCUGUUGAGCAAGCUGACAGGUCGAGACACCGUUCGGUUAGUCCACACUCACCAAGAGAUCCCAGACCGAUUACCAGGCAAUCUUUGACUGGGCAAGACGCAUCGUUAGCCGGCAGCUGUAUGCGUGAUUUUUCUGGUAAGUCACCUCCGCGAGACAUCCUAAAGAGUCGCCAAUGCUUCAUUAGGGAGAGUGAGCCCUCAAUAAUUGAACCAAAUUCUGGAGGGAAAUUGCCAUCUCCAAGGUUAAGGAAGAGUAGUAAACUAAGCUCACCAGUGUUCGCUAAGAAGACCGUGUCACCUCGCUCAGUCAAGAAAAACCGACUCGGUAAUCAAACAGGUGUGAUCGAAUCUGAGCUCUCGACGAGCCUAAAUAGUAACUUUACUAAGGGCUGCCGACCACCAAGAUUAAGCAGAGCGAAACAGUCUUCAUCAACCGAAUCUGAGGAUGAGAAGGAUUCUCCUCGUGGCUUGAGUCCUCUACCACCUAUCUCCGUCUCUCCAAGAGACGCUAACUUCCUCACAAACAAUGAGAGCAAAACUUCAAUAAAGCACGUGGAGUUUGUUGAAGUGGACGCAAGGCAACCGCCUGGUAAGCCGGAUUCCUCGUCUGAGGAGAAACAGCAGCAGUCUCCAAUUCGUCAGCGUUCUUCCACUCAUCAGGUUGUGAAGAGCAGAUCGCUAGACUCAGAACCAGUCGUGCCAAAUCAAAGCAAACAAACCCAGCAAACGCGGCCAACGCCCCGAGAGAAAACGCCAAACUGGCUGUUGGAGGACCACCCGUCUUUGCAGUUUUCAGAUCAGGCGUCUGCACACAUUGAUUGCAAUAAUGUCGAGGAGUUUUUCACAGACCGUAUUUUCGACCGUAUUCCGUUACCAGACAGGUCCAAUAUUUUCCAACAGGCUCUUGAUGACAUGAAGAGCUCCCCCACGCGUCCGUCCAGUCAUGGAAGUGACCCUGGUGAUCUGCAUAUUCGUAGAUCUUCACUGGUCACAAAUUUCCUGGACCUGGCCGCCUUGAGGGAUUCGCUCCAAUCUCCAAAGACUGAGAAUGAUAGUCAACUUGACGUGAUGUCGGUUGUACCAGAAGGAGAAACAUACAAAGAACCCCAUCUGACAGCAUCCGCUGCCCAAAAAGUCAGUAACUGGGCUGAGCGAUCCAGGAAGGUAUCGACCCCUACAAGGUUCCUCUCGGUCGACCAGAAGCCGGCCACAAGAAGCGCGUCCCCAAAACGUCGCGUGGUUUCUGAGAUACAACCUCCUCGUAUGGAGUUUCUUGAACCGAAGACAGAUAAACCACGAAGUAAAACAAUCUCAGACUCGAAGAGCGAUUCUGCUCUCAUAUCUCCAAGUAUUCGAAGGAAGGACGGUGCAUGGUCUACUCACAGCGACAUAAGUGAAAUAUCACGUCCAUUGCUGAGUAAACGCGCGAUGUGUUACGUCAUGAAGUUUAUCGAGUCAGCCUCAUCCAUAGCCACUUCACAUAGAGCGACCGCUCAAUCAUCAAAUCACAUGUCAAGGGACAACAGUGUGUUUCCCAGCAUACCCAACAGGUCAGCACGUCGGUCCAGGGAUAGGCGGGACUCAAUACGAAUUGUUCAGCAACUGAUUAAUGAAAGAAGUCCGUCUGGGGACACGACUGAAAUCGCCAGCUUUGAUGACUUGAGGAACUGUCGUUACCUUCGAAACAUCCGCACUGGAGACGGAAGGAAGGAAGCUUUUAGAACCAUCAAAAAGACGACGUACCAUGAAUGGUGACGUACCAUGAAUGGUGACGGAACAUUCAUUGUAACUUUCAUUUUUGCAUACCAUGCAUUAGAUUAAACGAAAUUAUGAUUCGAAGAAAACAUUUCCAGACUUAAGUUGUACCGUCUUUUACAGGCUACAACAUAAUUAAAUCCAAAACGUCAUUAGCGUCAGAAUCAACUGCCGCUAAACAAACAGAAUUUGACAUGAACAGCGCAUCAUUCCAAAUAGAGAAUUAGAUUCAAAAUUGACCCACAGGCCAUUGAUUUUCGAAUAACAUUGGCUCUAUGAGCAAACAAAAAAAUUCAGAUUUUAAAAAGCUAUAUUUGAGACUCCUUCAGUUGGGCCGAUAGAACGUAAUAAAUUUCGGCCGUCAAAAAGUGGCAUCAGGGUUAACCUUAGGUUGUUUUUUUUUUAUACACAUGCAGUCAACUCUCGGUUAUACAAAUUGUGUUAACACACAAUCUGGUUAUCGUGAACAUUAAGCCUUGGUUCGGACUGUGCAUGGAACCGAAGCUCCUCUUAAAACACUCUACAAAUCUCUGGUAGUUUAAAUGAGACAAAUUACAAUGGUUUAACUUCGGGUUGAACACCACACAACAACAUAAAAUUGUGAGAUUUAUUGAGGCUUUUACACUGAAUGUCGCCUAUUAAUUUGACAAAAAAAUACAUAUAGCCAAUCCUUAGAUUGACAACAUGAUUGAGUUUUGAAUAUCAUGUCAGCUAAUUUGUGAUUAAAAAAACAAGAUUUCUCCACAAAAUUAAUAAAAUGUUAAAGUAAA